AUGGGCUCCAGUCGACCGUUGAACAUAUUGGCUGAUUCACAGCCUAAUGUGCGGAGAUUGGGCAUCAACUCCAUCCCGAAUUGGCAAGUUAUAGAGCAAGUCUUCCAUGAGCAAUUCUAUCGACCGGAGUCGGAAGUCUCGAUGGAUGACUUGGCAAAGAGAAGCCAGAAGCCAAGUCAGUCGGUCCAAGAAUACUUGGGGCGGUUUAGAGAAGCAAGGGCUAGGUGUACUGUCAAUAUGCCGGAGCACGAGUUUGCAAAAUUGGCCCAAGGAGGAUUGUUGCUUGACCUCCGAAAGAAAUUCAAAGGAAUUGAGUUCCGUGACAUUUAUGAUCUUUUAGUUCGGGUGGGCCGUUACGAAGCUCUUCUAAAGGAGGAGCAACAAAAAGGGCGGCCGGCACCUCGGCCGACAUUUUAUAGGGUUUCAACCAAACUUUCCGGGUCUAGGACUACGACGGUCCAAGCAGUAGACAUUGAAGACAUAGAUAAGGAAGAAAGAGGUGAUGACGUUUACUUUGAGGAAGAAGAAGAGUCAGCUGAGGUAAACUUGGCCAAGAUUAUGGCCAAUGGGCCAUAUGUGUGCAAGGCUUUAUCUAAAGCCUCCAAAGAUCAAAGGUCGACAACGGCCCAAGUUUCCAAGUUUAGUGGAACCUCCCAAAAGGCGGUCGUGUUUCACAAUGUGUGGUCUUAUACGGCUAACAGUUGUUUGGUUUUUCGGAAUGCCGUGCAAGAUCUCAUCGAUCGGAAGAUCUUGAAAUUUCGAGAGAAAGCUACAAUGGGCGUUGACCAUAAUCCUUUCCCAAAUGCUCAAGUCAACAUGGUGAACACUAACUUCCCAAGGCCAGACCAACCUAGGCCAAGGUUGGACUUGGGUGGCUUAGCAAAGGCUAUGGCAGAUAGAAAGUCAAGGGAGAUUCCGACGGACCCUAAGGCAAAGGGCAAGGCCAAAAUAUAUCCUAAGGUGACCAAGGUUCCCGCGACAAAAGUUUCAACCAAGGAAAAACCUCCAAAGGCCAUUGUGUUAUGCAGUCGGUGCCAAUGUGAAGUGACUCUCGAAGUGGUUCCGCCAAAGCCCAAGAAGCCAACUAAGGAACCCACCAAGGGGCUGAUUAAGGAGUAA